AUGGCGCCUCGGAGGGCCGGCAGGUCUCGCCAGGUGUGUCUCUGCUUGCUGAUGGCAGGGCUCGCCAGCAUCUACUGUGGCAUGCACGUGUACCCACAGGCACGAUCAGGAUCGGGGAAGCACCAGAUGAGAGUCUUCGUGACAUUGAGCACGAUGUUCCUGAUGUGCCUGCUGCGCACGGCGUACAAGCUCCCUGGGACGGUGCCGCAGAGUUUCAAAGCUGGAGAAAGUCGUGGGGAACUUCCGGUCCACACACGUGAGGCGAAGAAGACCGGCGAUGUCAGGAAGUGCAAAUGGUGUGGGACGCUGAAACCAGACAGGUGCCACCAUUGCAGGGCGUGUGGAGCAUGCAUUCUGAAAAUGGACCAUCAUUGCCCCUGGAUCCGUUCUUGUGUCGGCUUCUACAACUACAAGUAUUUCCUCCAGGUCCUCCUCUAUGCAACCACCCUUUGUAUAUUCAUGUCCUGGACCAUGGGAAAGUCCACAAUGCGAUUGAUGAGCGGGUCGGCUCCGUUGUGGCUCAAAGCUGUCAUGUGCUUCGGGGAGGUGCUCUUGAUUCUCUUGAGCAUUGCUCUUGCGCUCUUUGCAUCCUUUCAUCUUAGGUGUGUGUACCACGGCCAAACAACCCUAGAGUUCUGCGAGAAGCUGCGACGUAGCACGAGGCCCUGGAACCCUGACAUGUACAACCUGGGGCCUUGGCAGAACUUCAAGGCCGUGUUUGGGCCCAACCCACUUCUUUGGCUUAUCCCCUUCGGGCGACCCGAAGGUGAUGGCUUGUCGUUUCCGGGUUGUGUCCAUGAGGAACACGCCUCCCAGGCCGCGAAGGUUGAUGGCGGCAUCUCAAGCAAGGUGGGAUUGCUGUCUCCGGUACGGCGCCGUCCGCCUGCCAACAAAGAUGUCUUAUGCAGUGAUCAGAUGUGA